CACAAACGCAGGACAGAACCCAUUCUCUCCCUCUCCCUCGCCUUCCUGAUCCAUUAAAGGUAGAAGAAGAAGAAAAUCUUGCAAAAGGAGAAAACCCAUUAGAGCUGUAUUGAUGUAUUGUUGCGUGUAAAUAGAAACCCAUUUUUUAUUGUUAUAAUAAUAGCAGGUGCUGCUGCUGCUGAAUCUCCAAUGCGGUCUUUGAAAAGACCACAAAGAAGGGAAGGAGAAAGAGAAAUAGAAAGGAGAAUAAGAGAUAACAGCAGCAACAUUACAGGAACCCAGAAGGGAAAUCUUAUCUGUGAUAGGUGUGGAUCUGAUGGUGAGUUGGGUAUUGUUGGAACAAGCGAGGAAGGAGCUAGAACUUGUUGCCUUUGCUAGGUUUGUGCUGGUGAGGCUGCAUAGAAAAGGAAUAUGCAGCUUCACAUCUCGCGUAGCAUGAGAAGCAUCACUAUAUCUUCUAGCUGCAACAAUGGGUUUAUUGACUUAAUGAAGAUCAAAGUCGCAGCUCGCCAUAUCUCUUAUAGAACCCUUUUUCAUACUAUACUCAUUCUCGCUUUUUUGUUACCUUUUGUAUUCAUUCUCACUGCUUUGGUUACCCUUGAAGGAGUCAACAAGUGUUCCUCAUUUGAUUGUUUAGGUAGACGGUUAGGACCAAGGCUUCUUGGUAGAGUAGAUGAUUCAGGGAGGCUCGUUAAAGACUUUUACAAGAUACUCAAUCAAGUUAAAAACGAGGAAAUCCCAGAUGGUGUAAAGCUCCCAGCUUCUUUUAGCCACCUAGUUUCUGAAAUGAAGAACAAUCAAUAUGAUGCAAGGACAUUUGCAUUCAUGUUGAGGGCUAUGAUGGAAAAAUUGGAAAGAGAAAUUAGGGAAUCUAAAUUUUCAGAGCUGAUGAACAAACACUUUGCUGCAAGUUCCAUCCCGAAAAGCAUCCACUGUCUCUCUCUACGUCUGACUGAUGAAUAUUCCUCCAAUGCUCAUGCACGUAAACAAUUACCUUCUCCGGAGUUCCUUCCUCUGCUCUCCGACAACUCUUUCCACCACUUUAUCCUCUCAACUGAUAACAUUUUGGCUGCCUCAGUUGUUGUCACUUCUACUAUCCAGUCAUCUUUAAAGCCUGACAACAUAGUUUUUCACAUCAUCACUGACAAGAAAACCUAUGCGGGCAUGCACUCAUGGUUUGCGUUAAACCCAGUCUCCCCUGCUAUUGUGGAAGUGAAAGGUGUUCACCAGUUUGACUGGUUAACAAGAGAGAAUGUUCCAGUGCUUGAAGCUGUAGAGAACCAUAAUGGUAUCAGGAAUUAUUACCAUGGGAAUCACAUUGCAGGGGCAGAUCUUAGUGAUACAACUCCACGAAGAUUUGCUUCAAAAUUGCAGGCUAGAAGUCCAAAGUAUAUAUCGAUACUCAACCAUCUUCGGAUAUAUAUACCUGAGCUCUUUCCAAACCUUGACAAGGUGGUGUUUCUAGAUGAUGAUGUCGUAAUCCAGCGUGAUUUGUCUCCACUUUGGGAAAUUGACCUUAAGGGAAAGGUCAAUGGAGCUGUAGAAACUUGUAAAGGUGAAGAUGAGUGGGUAAUGUCCAAGCAUCUCAAGAACUACUUCAAUUUUUCACAUCCCCUCAUAGCAAAGAAUUUGGACCCUGAUGAAUGUGCAUGGGCAUAUGGAAUGAACAUAUUUGAUCUCCGCGCAUGGAGGAAAACAAAUAUUAGAGAAACCUACCAUUCCUGGCUGAAAGAGAACCUGAAGUCAAACCUGACAAUGUGGAAACUCGGAACCCUACCACCAGCUUUGAUUGCAUUUAAAGGUCAUGUUCAUCCAAUUGAUCCAUCCUGGCAUAUGCUUGGGUUGGGAUACCAGAAUAAGACAAACAUUGAGAGUGUAAAGAAGGCUGCAGUUAUCCACUACAAUGGUCAGGCAAAACCUUGGCUGGAAAUUGGCUUUGAGCAUCUUCGACCAUUUUGGACCAAAUAUGUGAAUUACUCCAAUGAUUUUAUAAGGAACUGCCACAUCCUGGAUUCAGUUUGAUCAACCAUAUGGGCUAGAACUAGAAGUGGAACGGAAAAAGACAAGUGAUUUGGUUGGCAUGUAAGUUUUUUCGUGGUUGAAAAUUUUCUCAAGGUCUGCUUGAGAAGGCAAGUAGAAAAUCAUCCAGAAUGGGAGCAGAGUUUCAGGUCUGAAUUCUCUGUCAUACCUCGUACGUUUGCAGCAAAGGGCCUGAUCACCAGCACGGGCAUUGGAUUCUUUCUUUCAAUCUUUAACGUAGCAAUCCAUCAUUUAUUUCUUGGUUGGAAAAUUGAUACUAUUAAUGGUCUUCCUGCAGAAAGUCUAGUCUGAUUUCCUGGCACUUGUAUUAGAAUAAAGCAAAUUACACAAGUUAGAAAGUGCAUAUGCCAAUGCGCCAUAGUGCUUGGUGCAGGAAAGAGGAAGGCUAGGGCAGAUCUACAGUGAGGGCUCCAGCAUUGGUCUACAAAUGUUUCUUCACUUGAUUUUUUCCCUCUUGUUGUCAUUUUUGCUAGUACCUCCCCAUUUUUUCCCCUGUCAAUUUAAUAUCAAGGUGAAACAUAGGAGUAGGUAAUGGAGAUUGCUUUAUUACAGGUCCCGUUAAAUUGGGGAACUUUUUAGGUUAUAUUUCAGUAGUUGUUAUGUACGCGAUUCAUGAGAAACAUUAAAAUGUGCAGAAAAUUCUUUUUUUUCUUCUAAGAUUC